GCUGCACCGGAGGUUUACAAGCUGUUAACAGCGGGAACAACACCUACAGCCCGCUUCCUCACACGGAAAUUCCUGCUCUCCGUGCUGGCGGGCCACUCCAUGCUUUCCCUGCCAUGCCAGCAGCUGAGCACACGCGGGGACAGCGCUAACCUUGGAGCUCCGAGGGUGCCAGCGCUCCAGGAGCAUCCCCGGCCGAGCAUCCCCGGCGCUCACCUGGGAGUGCCUGCGCGGGGCAGGGCAGCCCGCGGGGAAGGGCUGGUCCCCCCCGAGGGGUUCCUGGGGGUGGGAACCCUUCUCGCUCCUCUCUCCGGGGCUGCGGUGGGAGCGGCUGAGCCCCGCCAGCCCCCCCGGCCCCGGGCCCGCGCUCCGCCCGGCGCUGUCCCGGUGCCGGGGCCGGUCCCGGUCCCGCAUCCCCGGGGCUGGAGCCGCCCAUCCCCGCCGGGGUGAGUCCGUGGGAUUCGGGGGAGGAAACUUCGCCCCCUCCCCUCCCCUCCCCUCCCCGCAGCAGCAGCAGCAGCAGCAGCAGCAGCAGCGGGCGAGGCAGAGAGGGAAGCGCUGCGGGAAUUCGCAUCCCGCGGCCGGAGAAGGGAGCUGGAGUGGAAACAGGUUGUUGGGAUCUCUCCGUGGGAGGAAGGGGCGGCUCUGCUCAGCCGCUAGCCAAGCCUGGGCUCUGGGAAAUGGAGACGGAGCUGCUGCCUUGCCAGCCGGCGGUGUGCUGAAGGAGAUGGACAGCGAAUUGCUGCGGGAGAGCCUGGCCCCGGGAUCGCCUCUUCCCAGGAUGCUGAGCCACUUCCCGAGCUCCUGAAGUUCCAGCGGUCGCUGGCUCAGCCCGGGGUUAACCACGGCAAGUUCCACCUGCACCACUCCCAGCUGGCAGGGGUCAGGCAGGUGAUUUUCUUUCUUUUUGCUCCUCUGCUUGUGCGUGAAUGCUGAAUACCAAAAAGUCUGCCUGAAAGCCUGGGAGAGCUUGAGAAAAGCCACGGUGGAGAGUUGUGGUGUUUUGGAUAUAUUUGGCACACAGUACUCACACCUCUGCUCGAGGGAUUCAUAUGGCUUGAAGGGUGGAGCUGGCACCUGGCACUUGGACCCCCAUGGAUCCCCUCAACCUCUCGUGGUACGACAGGGACAGGAACUGGAGCCGGGCCCUGAACGCGUCGGACGCGGCGCAGAAGCCGCACUACAACUACUACGCCGUGCUGCUCACCCUCCUCAUCUUCGUCAUCGUCUUUGGCAACGUCCUGGUGUGCAUGGCAGUGUCCAGGGAGAGAGCCCUGCAGACCACCACCAACUACCUGAUCGUCAGCCUGGCCGUGGCAGACCUGCUGGUGGCCACGCUGGUCAUGCCCUGGGUGGUCUACCUGGAGGUGGUCGGGGAGUGGCGCUUCAGUCGCAUCCACUGUGAUAUCUUUGUCACCCUGGACGUCAUGAUGUGCACUGCCAGCAUCCUCAACCUCUGUGCCAUCAGCAUCGACAGGUACACAGCCGUGGCCAUGCCCAUGCUCUACAACACCCGCUACAGCUCCAAGCGCAGGGUCACCGUCAUGAUCGCCGUGGUCUGGGUGCUCUCCUUUGCCAUCUCCUGCCCGCUCCUCUUCGGCCUCAACAACACAGAUGAGAAAGAGUGCAUCAUUGCCAACCCUGCCUUCGUGGUGUACUCCUCCAUCGUGUCCUUCUACGUGCCCUUCAUCGUCACCCUGCUGGUCUAUGUGCAGAUCUACAUCGUGCUGCGGCGGCGCAGGAAGCGCGUCAGCACCAAGCGCAGCAGCCACGUGCUGGACUCGGACACGCAGGCCCCCCUGAAGGACAAAUGCACUCAUCCAGAAGACGUCAAGCUCUGCACAGUUAUUGUGAAGUCCAAUGGGAGCUUCCAAGUUAAUAAGCGCAAAGUGGAGGCAGAGAGUCACAUAGAAGAGAUGGAAAUGGAGAUGGUGUCCAGUACCAGUCCCCCUGAGAAAACGGCCCUCAAACCCACAGCACCAAGUAACCACCAGUUGAUUGUGCCAGUUGCUUCUAAUCGGGGCAACAACUCUACCCUGCAGGCACCCCUGAACAGCCCUGGGAAGGUGGAGAAGAAUGGCCAUGCCAAAGAAUCCCACCACACAGCCAAGGUCUUCGAGAUCCACUCCCUGCCCAACGGCAAGACGAGGAACUUGCUCAAGGCCGUGAUCAGGAGGAAACUGUCCCAGCAGAAGGAGAAGAAAGCCACCCAGAUGCUGGCCAUCGUGCUCGGUGUUUUCAUCAUCUGCUGGCUCCCCUUCUUCAUCACUCACAUCCUGAACAUGCACUGCGACUGCAACAUCCCGCCGGCCAUGUACAGCGCCUUCACGUGGCUCGGCUACGUCAACAGCGCUGUCAACCCGAUUAUCUACACCACCUUCAACAUCGAGUUCCGCAAGGCUUUCAUGAAGAUCCUCCACUGCUAAAAGUCACAAACAGCAUCCGCAUUUUUUUAGGAACGGAGGGGGAAGAGGAAGCGACGCCAUUCACGCACAGCAGGGCAGCCUGGGAGGGGGCUGGAGCUCUUGAGUUGGGCACCACUCAGUGCCCAAGCACCUUGUGGGGAUGGAGCGAGGUGGGAGGGUCUCUCACCCCGCUGGGUGACCUCUGGACCAGUCCCAAGGGCGCUUUUCAGAGCCACCCUCACGCUGUGUUGGAAGUGGAAGUGCAAAAAUUGAGGCGUUCUUGCUCGGUUCUCGCCCGUGGCCACCCGGCCUGGAGUGCACUGGACACAGAGUGGCCACGGGGCCGCGAGGAGGUAGCGCUGGGUCAUCGGCACAACUCUCACCAAAGACAAGGCCACCCUUCCCUCUUGGCAGCAGGGGCCAGACAGGGCCUGUGGAAGCUCCGUGCAAUAGCUUUGCCUUCACCUCGAGCUGGCUCACCCGGUGUUUAACUGCUGAAGCCUUCAGAAAUUAAACAAAAACCAACCCAAAAACUUUCAGAGGUCCCCAAGUGGGUCGAGAAGGUUCUGCCACCCACAGACCCAAGCCCUGCAGCAGCGUGGGCCUACAAGCCACAGGUGGAAGGGAGAAGGGGGCAUCAAUCUCACGCCAAACCACUGCAUUGGUGUAAAUAGGAAUAGGAUGGAUUUUGGAGCCCAAGCCAAAAAAUAAAAAAGAGAUGGAGAGAGAAACUCAAGGAGCAGAACCUUGUCUUGCAUGGUGUACAUCCAACAGGACCCCCUCAUCUCUCAUCAGCGAUUUCUGCCCACCAGCAUCUCAUCUCCAGGCUCUGCCCAGGGGUGACGCUCCGGGGAGGGGUGGCGGCGUGGUGAAUGUACAGACACGAGGACACUGUGCCAGGGAGGCCCCUGCAGCCCCAGGGGCACCCUGAGCACGCCAGCCAGGUCAGGGCUGGUUCUUCUCACCUAAGUCAGGGACCCCAAGGAGCACCUCGGGUCUGCUUUGCCUCUGUCUCUCCACAGAGAGUGCAGAAUAACAUUGUGCCUAAUUUAAAUCAACAGUCAAGGAGAUAAAACUGUGCAUUUUGGAAAAAGCCAGAAUAAAAACCCAAGAAAGCCCCUACCUGGGCCAGCUCCUGAGUCCAAGCUGGACUCUGGAAAGGUCUGGAUGUUUCCAGCAUCCUUUACUCUCUGCUAUCUAUUUUUCCAUGGAUUCUAAGAAUUGAAACCCCAUUAGAGCCUCAUUUCACCAUGCUGAAUCUGGCACUGCCAAACCCACGCUGUGCUUGCUACUUGUACUCAGUUCACACGAUAUUUUGCAAUAUCUCUGUAAAUAAAACACAGCAAGGUGAAUAAAACCAUGUGGAAAUAGGUCUGGCUAGAAAUUCCUGCAGGAUGUGGAGCAGCAGAGGGUUGCAAUAGCCAUAAGCAGGGGCAGGCUCCCAGGGUGCAGUUUCCUGCUGUUUUCUAAAGGAGUAAAAACACAAUUGGGAGAGCAAUAGAAUCCCUUUUUUCUCUAUGCAGUUUGUGGAAUAGCCACUCAGUUUCUGCUUCAGAUGAGGUUGAAGAUCUGCCAGGGUUUCCUUCAAUUCCCUGGAUUUCCUGUAUUGCUAACAGCACUGUCCUGUGCUGCUAGGAUGUGUUCCAGCUCUGAUUCAGGAAGAGAUUAUGCCAAGCAGCUCUAACACGUAAUCUCAGCUGUUUUCUAAAAUUGAAGCAGCAGUCCCACCUUAAUCCACAGGUUUCUGUUCUAAACCUGGCAUUCCUAGAAUGGGCUGGUAUCCGGGGGAUCUGAUAGUCAGCCCACAGCCUUGUGUAACAUUUGAACCUGGCUCUUCAUAGCUAAAAACAUCCAAAUUGGGAGCACCAACUUGAGAGAUCUCAGGCACACAUGAGCUGUUCCUUUUCCCCCCAGCUUUAACCAAACGAAUUCACUCAGAGAUGGGAAUCAACUUGGACUCCUACCCCAAUAUUUACAGAAUGAUGCAAAGUCAGGAGGGUUUUGGGCAGAAAGAUAGCAACAAGCUACUGGUCCAUUUUCCAACUUAUUGACAAGCAGAAAGAUCCAUUUGACUUAGGGAAUUAACAGGUGGGAGCUGAACCAAAAUAGUAAAUAUUCCAUAUAUAGACAAAAAAGCUUUAAGGCAUUUGGAAGUUGCCACGGGUGAUGUUUGGCCUGUACUAAAACCUGGUGUGAGCCCUCAGGAUAAGUGGAAUGUGAAUAAUAUCUUAACUUGGGGCUGUAAUUUCACUUUGUGUCCAGUGUUAACCCAAGGAGAAUCCUCAUCUCCAGUGCUGUGUACCUUGCUCCCAAAUUUUUUCUUCUGAAUUUAGAAGCAGAACCUUACAGCUCAACCCACCUGAACCACUACCUGAAAAACUUCCAAAAAAUGUCAUGGAGGAAAAAAAGCUGCUGGAAAAGGGCCCAUGUCCUUCAUGUGCUGCCAGCUUGGGCCAAAAAUCCCCAGGUAUCAUUUCCCAGAGCUUCAGUGUUCGCUGUGAGGAAUUACCUGCAGCCCAUCGUUCAUCCCCAGGACAUUUUAAGCUGCUCCUUCCUAACACUCCCGGCUAAAGUGUGGGAAUGUGAAUAUCCCCAGUGCCCUUGGGAAGGUGGCAAUGCUAGCUCUGGCCAUCUCUGCAGCAGGUUUUCCUUCCCCAUAAAACUCCUGCACUUCCAGACAACAAAUAAAGCACUUUGCACCCUGAACUGAGCCUGCAGAACCCUUUUGGAGACAGCACCAAAACUCAUCCUCACCUCUGGCUUUCCAAGGAAUAAAGCAAGGCCAAGAGCAAGGACAGUCUGUGCUGACACAACGAGAACCAGUGGCUGGGAUGGAACCUGUUUGUAGGAGCUCCUCAGAACCCAUCACGAGUCAGCUGCACCCCGGAGGACUCGGAGGCCUCUCGCCCACAGGUCUGAGCCUGGCAAAUCCAGACCUCACUGUUCCUUCCACUCGGAAAAAAAAAACCCUCUGCUUCCCCAAAGACUUCUGCUGGCAGGACGUGCUGGUGGUGGGAAGGGUUCAGAGCUGUUUUCUAAAAACACCUUAACGAGAAGAUUUCAUUUCUUUGUUCCUCAAGAACUUCAGAGCCUUGCUCUAGCUCCUCUUUUGUGAUUCAUUAUUUAUAAUUGAAGCUUUAGUUCUGCUUAUUGAGUCUUCCUGUUUCUGCUUUCCCUCCCUGUGAUUCCCAGCUUGCUGCAGCCCUGGGUGGGGCUCUCUGCACCCCCAAACAGGUUUGAAUUAAAAGCCAGUGAAUUCUGCCUGCACUGUAUUUGCUGCUUGCCUGCUUGCUCCCACUCCACAGAACUGUUAAUCUUCCUGGCUGAAGAGUAAAUUCACUCCAGUAGGUCUAACCAGCUUAUCCAAUCCUGCUGAAAUAAUAAUAAUAAAAAAAGGAAAACAGGAAAAAUAAAGCCACUACCUCUUGUGGUGAAAAUCCCCAGUGCAAACACGACUCCGCAGGGAGUCAGGAAUGUAUAAAAUGCCCAUCACAGGUACAUGUGGCACCAACCAAUGUCUUCAUGCAGCACUGUAAUUAAAUAGAGACUUGCACAAGCCA